GCCCAUUGACAUGAUGAGAGGAGUUUGAAAAAUAUGAUGUAAUAGGUGGUGGAAACUCAGAGGAAAGGUAUAAAUGUGAAUGGUUUCCCUUCAGACUGCUAGUCAUUUAUUACACCCAAAAUGGCUUCAAUCGAUCAUUUACACCCCUCAAACGCUAUGAACUCUGAAGAAAUUCAGGUUCCCCAGGAGAACACCGCUGAACUGAAAGACCCCAAUGAUCCUAUGUUCAAGACACCUGAAAAGCGACCCGUUAUGGAGUCCGACAACUCAUCCUUUGGUCCUAUUAACCCUGCCUUGGAGAACAUUGACGCUGAACCUAGCAAUCUUCCACCCCAACCAAACUACUGGAGAGGUCAGAUGAAUGAAAUCAAAGGUACUGUGCAACAGGUGGUAGGCAAUAUCAAGCAAGAUGGAAACUUGACCAGUAAAGGUGAACAAGCCAAGAUUGAGGGACAACAGGAGAAGGCAGCUGCUCGAGCUGUAGAGGAUGAAAAGGUCGAGCGAAGAGAGAAUAACUAGGUCGCUACUAUACCCAGGCUAUUAUGAUAGUGAACUUUUUGAUGUAUAUACAUAAAUUGAAUACCUUAAACGCAGCAUAACAACCAUGGUGAUGUUGUAGACUGUAGGAGUG